GCCGAGACAUUUUAUUUUUAAUUCGUUGAGACUUAUCCAUCAGGUGGUAGGGUCCUCUUAUUUGGAGUGAGAAUGUAAGUAAAUAUUCCAUUUAGUUUUUACUUUAGAGACAAACGGCACAUCUUUUCUUGAUUUAUAUAAUAAUUAUGUUAUGCAUAGCUAAAGAGACACUUAACCUGCGAUCAGGCGUUUAGACUCGACAUGUACGAUCAGUACGUAUACAGUCUUAUCUCUUCUAUAAACGGACACCUCUAUGAGACCGGCCGCUAUCUAAUACAGACGUCAUGCCCUGCUCAUCAGUCAUAGGGGACCAUAAGACUGACGACGACGACCGCGACGGCAGCGAGAAAGUCACAAAAGCAUCAACUGUUCGUGCGUGCAUCACGGUUUCACAACCGGCAUUUCUAGCUUUGUCGUCACUGCGCGACUACGAUGUCAAAUUGCCUAAUUUCACAUUUUAUGGAGGACGUAAACAUUCUUCCUGAACUUGUAUAAGACGCUUAGUUAGGAAUUCAACUCCAGGAGAGUUCGCAUGCACUUUACAAAAUAAGUGAGUUGGAAUAAUCGCGAUGAAGAUUGAAAAAACGCGAAUUCAAUUUUUAAGCAACGCGUUGGCUGCCGCCGCGGUCCUCGCAUCUUCAGUUCCUUACUAGGCAAAGGUGUCCAGAGAACUGACAAAUGGAUUUUCGAGAAUUUUCAGACUUAUAACACAAGUUGAAGUUACUUUGCUUUAUCAGCACACUAAUUAAAUAUACUCCACCUCGUAGGGUAUUAUGUAAUUAUUGAACUGACCAAGAGCCAAAUUAAUAAAAAAUGACAUCAUUUCAAAGCAAAGCUGGGCGUUCUGCAAAUAUCGAAACUAAAACAAACAAUAUAAAAUCUGAAAGUAAAAUUAGCCGGUCCCGGAGCAUAAAUUAAAUUUCAAAAUAUUUAUAGCAUAACCAUGGAGACCAUUAGUCUGCUACACGGCUGUGUAGCAGACUAGGGGACCGUACACCCGCAUUAUGUUCAGUUUUUCCAAUAAUACUUUCUAGAUACUUUUAGAAAAACAUAAUAGCAUCAUGACAGCUCAUUGUAUAGCCUGCGAACCGCAGACGCAGCACUGUUGUUCUAUAAAUGUGCCGUCACUUUCAUCACCGCCUUUAAUCACUAAGAUUUUAUCCUUCAAGAACGAGCUAGCAAAGGAAAGUUUUCUAGUGUCCAAAGGGAGGCUAUAAACACGAACCGCCAAUGCCCUUUUCGCUAGUCAAAGCAACGUGAAACAAUUUCUUUUAUUUGUGUUGCCUUAAGCCCUUUUUCUUGUUUACUUUCUGUGCUAGAUUAAACUCCGUUUGAUCUUCAAUAAGAUAAAUAUGAAAAGUGAGUUUUUGCGGUUAAAGCAAAGUUGGCUCCGGGUCUAUUAUAGCAAUCUCGAGACGAUCUCGACUCAUACCAUACCGAACCAUAGCUUACAUUAUGCCUUUUUGGCAGCAAUUUUAUAAUUUAUUUCAUUCAUUUUACAUAAUCGAAUGUUCCUUUUUCGGGAUCAAAGGCCUCUGGGAAGGUAGCAUGAGGCGCUGUUUUUAUCAUACAGCCAUCAUUGAAUUUGAUGCGGCUCAGAAAGUAGGUGUCCGAACAGGACCUUUGGACGCGCAACACCUAAGAGCUUGUAAUAAAAUUCUUUUCAACGUGCAUGAGAUAAACAGGUGAAGGGGGACAGGGGGUGGGAACCCGGGAGAAUAGAGGGCGCGAGGGAGACGGGAGUCGGGAGAGGAUGGAGCGGGAGGUGGGAGUUACUGUAAAGAGGAGAGUGGGAAGCGCGAGAGAAAUGCAAAAUCAGUAAAAUGCUCCCUUCAUUCAUUAAUGCGUUAGAAUAUUAUCAAAAAUCGUCCUCCGACAAUAUCGACAAUUUUUUUUAUACUACGUGUUUGGGCUAAACUUGUAAAAUUGUACACCUUUUAUCAGUGGUCGUCUUAUAUGUCGCGCACGAAGAGUUUAUCGGUUUUACGUUCAAUACGUGUGACAUAUGUAAGUGUUUUGUGAGUUGUCAUAAGUCUCAAAAGACCAGUGAGCAAGGGAAGGAAGCACACUGCUUUGAAGUUUAGUACAAUGGAUUUCAACUGAGUCUGUCACCAAAUAUAAUUUUAGAAGGUCUUAGUAUUUUCGAUGCGGAGGGGAAAAUCAGUGCAUAGACUGCAUUGAGUGCGGCCUCCUCGGCACAUGGGAGUCUUUUAGGAACUUCAAAUCCUACCGAUUUAGGUAAACCAGGCAUGCUAAAAAGUAGACUAAUGGAAGGAAUAAUGGACCAUAAAAGAGAUGUAUCCACGAUUAGGCGCCAGGAAUUGGACAGGGCAUACUAAACUAAUAAAUUUUAACUUCAACUUGAGCAUGUUCUACUAAUCCUCACGAGCCUAUGUACCCGGCGUGGUCAAUCCGUGAACGAAACCGAACCAAAACUUGUACGAUUGGUUCGGUAAUCGAAAAUAUCGAACUAGAACUUUUUGGUGAGUUCGAUUGCCGAACUGAAUCGACGCGAUUACUUCGAUUUUGUUCGGCAGAAAGACAAAACGCAUCCAGAAUCGGAAAUAUCGCCCUCUACUGUGUAUGUAAAGCAGUUUGAAAUAAACAAAUAUUUAAAUUAACCCCGAAUUAACUAAAAUCGUUGUUGUUAAAGUGAUUCAAAAUAGAUAAAUUCACAAUUAAUACUGGGAAACAUGAACGGCACAGUAAAACAAUGUAAAACUUCUUUCCCAGAGCAAUACCGACCAGGGAUAUUCUUAGGAUGCAAGAAAAGUCAAACCUUCCUCGAUAAAGUUUCGAUUAAAAAAGGGCACCGUUACUGCAUGGAUCUGAACGCACGCAACGGUGUAAAGCAUAUACAAAAUAGUCAUUACUAGCGCUACCAGGUCAUUACCUCAAAGUAAAUAUCUAUUUAAAAAAAACUACAAGCGGCGUUUGUAAAAGCUGUUGCACAACAGAAGCAACAAGAACCACAGUUCACCCAAACUCACUACAGGAACGCGGACGUGACUCUUGCUAGCCUGCAGGGCAGGCGUAGUUUGGGUGGGCGAAACCUUGUUCGUGUUCGUAAUGUUGCUGUAGCCGCCAUCUUUGAUUUUAUGACAGUAGAAGAUUGGGGAGAGUAGAAAUAGUAACCCUCAACCCUUACGGUAGGUUGACUCGCCCCAUUUCCUCCUCUCUUCGGGAAGUUUCAACAAGGCGCUUUCGCGAGCAAAUUGAAAGAAAACGCGGGCGGUGUUGUGUUACAAACGGUUAUUUACAAAGGCUUGUAUGGGAUGUAAACGGUUUUUCUUAAAAGAGAGAAAAAAUGUUAUGUUUUUAAAUAAAAUCGACUUAUCUUAGUGCCUUGUUGUAUUCUUUGUUGUUUGCCCGUGUCUCAGGCCGUUUUGAAGCGUUUUCGGCGAGUUAGCGCUAGUUUGGUGUUUAACUGCUAAGAGAAAGACAAGGCCGAACAGUGAUUUCCGGAGUGUCCGUCGCUCGAGGCGAAUAAUUGCGCUGGAAAUUACCCCCGGCCUCAAUUCCUCCAGAAAUCAAAGCAGUGAUGUUGCAGUUCCAUGUCCAUUCACUCGAUUCGCAAUUUCUCCCACAGAUAGUUCACUAACGAUUCUUUUAUCUCUUGCUCGAUCGGCUUCCGAAUUUCGAACUACUGUAGGCUCUUCCAAACUGCCGUGGUACCCGUUCACCGAUCGCAUAUUAUAUCGGGUAACUAAAAUAAGCCCGGCGAGGGUAGCCAGCUUCCUGCAGUCGACAAACAAAUCCGUUACCUCCUCGGGUCCCCUCGAGAGGUUUUGUCAAGACCGCAUUGUUUAUAUGUCGCUGGCUACCCUCGCCGGGCUUAUUUUAGUUAGCCGACAUACUAUACAUUUCUAUUGUUUCCCUCCAUCACCACCACCACAUUUGUAUUGUUUUUCCUCCUCCACCACCAUCACAAUUUUAUUGUUUUUCCUCCUCCACCACUACCUCCUCCUUUUGUUUUCCUACCAGACAGGCCAAAAAGGCGAAACUCAGGCCAAAAUAGCUAAAAUCAGGUGGUGGAAAAACAAUAGUAAUGUGAUGAAGGUGAUCAGAGGGAAACAACAGAAAUGUGGUGGUAGUGGUGUUGGAGGAAAAGCAACAGAAAUGUGGUGGCGGUGGUGGAGGAGAGAAACAAUAGAAAUGUGGUGGCGGUGGUGGAGGAGAGAAACAAUAGAAAUGUGGUGGCGGUGGUGGAGGAGAGAAACAAUAGAAAUGUGGUGGCGGUGAUGGAGGAGCGAAACAAUAGAAAUGUGGUGGCGGUGGUGGAGGAGAGAAACAAUAGAAAUGUGGUGGCGGUGGUGGAGGGAAACAAUAGAAAUGUGGUGGCGGUGGUGGAGGAGGGAAACAAUAGAAAUGUGGUGGCGGUGGUGGAGGAGGGAAACAAUAGAAAUGUGGUGGCGGUGGUGGAGGAGGGAAACAAUAGAAAUGUGGUGGUGGUGGUGGUAUAUAGUUUCACUAUUUUAAUACGAAGGGUAGGGUCGAUGUUGGGUAGAUGUGGGGUCGAUGUGGUCGUGGAUAGAAAAUAUAUAUAACAAAAUGAGGAGGAGGAGGAGGGAGAAUAAUAAAAUUGAGGGAAAAUAUUAGAAUUGUGAAGGAGGGAAUAAAAAAAUUGAGGGAAAAUAAUAAAUUGUGGAGGAGGGAACAAAAAAUUGUGGAGGGAAACGUAGUAAAGAAAGAUAGCUUGCUUUGUUUGACUUUUUUAAUAGAUUCCUUUCAAAUCGCUGUGUACUUGACUCUUUUUGUCAUUGGUUUUUAAUAAAGUUUUUUAAAACGGUAUCUCGUGUCUGAUUUUAUUGCCAGCAAUUAUUAGUCACGUGUUUAAUCAAUUGAUCCUUUUUAAGUUAUUAAUUGUUUCAUCAUGAAUGCAGUAAUACGUCAAGAUGUUCCCUCGGGGUUUUUCCUGUAGAGCUAAUUUGAUCUAAUUUGUAUUCAACUUUGGGCUUAAGAACUCGCAUCAUUAACUGACAAACGGUGCGUGAAUUUGCAAAACUUUAAUAGUUUUUCAUUUCCUCCAGAUAGAACGGAGAAAACGGUUUUGUAAUAGUCAGACAAAAUUGAAAUAGAGAGUUUUCAGCUCCACUUUGUGUAUAUGUGUGUGUGUUUUGUUUAUAUAUAACCGAUAUAAUAUAUUUAGCGCUAAAUAGGUGGUUUUCACGUUACGUCAUCGCCGCUAUGCUGGUGGACGGUAAACAAAAGAUCGCUCAUUAGCUCGCUUUGUUUGUCCACCAGCAUUUGUUCAUUUCACCAUUGUUAUUUGUGUAUCCUGAGAUUGCAUGAAAACCACCUAUAAGAAGACAUAAGCUAAAUUAAAAAAUCCGAUUUUGAGCGCUCAAUAAGAUAAGGUAGUAAGCCGUUUCUCGCGUUGCUAGGUGAUCGCUUCUUUUAUUCCUACUUAUCUUUCCGACAUAGACGGUCCGACAAACCGAGCUCAAGUUACUUAACGGGCAAGCCUAGGCAAGCCUAUUGUGACUAUUGUAUAAGGAAGACUCUCAUUGGUAAACCUUUCCACUUAAUUAUACUUGUAUAUGGUGGAAGGGACUUUUUCUCUAGGUUAUAACAAUAGGCGACGUCAGACUGACUCGACCCUUAUGCAAAUCAAUGAUUUACCUCGACCAUAUCUCGACACUAACGAGGCUUAAUUUUGGUGAAGCAUGACUACUAAGAACCUAUUUAAGAACCUACAUAGCCUAAACGUAUGCUAACUACCAUUUAUAUAAGAACCUGUUUAGGCUAACGUGGGAAAAUCCAGGUCCUUAGUCGCGGGGUUUACUGUAUUUGUUUUAAACACGCCAAUCAUUCCCAUACCCAAACACUUGAGUGGUUGAGCCCACGGGGUUUUUCCCAGGGACUUCACCUGGUGGAGCUUUAAAUAUUCAAUGAAUUUUACCGUCUGCAGAACUGAACAGUUUAUUCGACGUCAAGGUAUAGAUGCCGCAGGUGACAUUAAUCGGUUACUAAUAGUGAGGACGUAAGUUGAAAUUUCGUUGAUUUUUUAGUUUAUAGAGACAGACGGCGCAUCCAUUCGAGAUCUCUUAUCUGUAAAUGUAUGACAAUGUCUCUAACGGACACCUUCUUGGCCCCUGCAUUUCUCAGUACAGUCAUUAUCUUUGAGUCCCUAAAGGAGAAGGUCAUCUCCCUCUAAGACGUGGUAAGCCCAUCGCAACGCGCUAUCCCCAACGGUGUUCGUCAGAGAGAGAGAGAAAGUCGACAGAUGAAUUCUCAGAAAAUGACCGCUCCAAAUAAUUUCUCUUAACUUCAUGGCACACUGAAUCCAGUCCUUUCAGUAAAAUGUUCUGUCAUUUCUGAAACCUACUUGUAGGUCCUUGAAAGCGGGAAAAUAACAUCAUCAGACUUCUUACUUCUAACGGAAAACAUAAGAACAUAAAGGCUUCUUGUUCUCUUAUGGAAAUCUAGUAGCAUUUAUUUCAACACGAUUAAAAAUUCAACAAAGCUGAUGUGGUCGUAUGCACAAUAAGACUAAUAUAAGAAUUCUACAUAAUUCUAUUUACAACAAUAAUAAAACAAUUCUACACAGUACAUCAUCAUAAUAUAUGUGGCUUAAAAACACACUCGAAUGACUUUUUAACAGCGUCAAUGAAUUGAUCUCAUUUGGCGGUUUUCUGGGGCAUUGCACAGAAUAGUUGACUUGUAUGAGCAUGAUUUCUUAAUAAUAAUGGUGGAUCCCGGAAGUGCGAGCAGUGCAUAAACUCUGAUACAUCGUAUCCAUGGAGACCUUUCAGCUACGGCUAGGAAGAAAAUACGCUCGUAUGCCUUAUAUUUUAAUCGUGUCCUUUUCGCCUCGCCCCGUAAAUCAAAUACUAUGAAUUUCAACUAGAUAAGGCAAAGAAUUUAAUCGUACGUUAGGGUAAACCAUUCUGAUUAGUGUAAGUGUUAUGCAAUCGGUGAGUUGCUAUAUUGUCCUUAAUAUGCACACGAAGUUUCGGGAAAAUAAUCUCCUUCAUCUGUUCCACAUAGUAUAGUACUAUGUAGGAAAGAUGAACGAAGGAGGCUUCGCAACUACGCGUUUGUGACAAACCUUUCGGCACAGACCGAAGAUGAGAAGUGUAGUUUAUUCAGUGCCUUGCAAUCAGUUCGGGCCACAACCAGAACUGGAUAUAUGAUUUCCUGUCAUCUGAUUGGCCUACGCAAAACCAAACCAUUGCUUAAACCACAAAAGGACAAACUAAGGCCGAGAGAAAUGGCGGAGAUGUCGAGUCGAAAGCCGUUCUCCAAAGAUACUCAUGAUAUGAUGGAAUCCUUCCGAACUAUCGAUCUCUCGACUUUGAGAACUUGCGGAAAAUUCCAUCGAAAAGUCGUUUUCUUUUCUUUUCUUUACUUGAAUUACGUGACACAUAGAAACUCGCGAACUAUGAGCUUUAAUCAGCAAAUUUGUUUACGACUUCUUCGCACGAUGUAGGCCACCUGAUCUUCUCAAUUCGGGAGAGCCGAGAAAAGUGAACGCUACCAGUUAUAGCGUGCAUAUAUACCCAGGCCGUGGUGAAUGGUAAAAUCCGAGACUCGCCGAGACGCCGAGAUCCUAGUUAGAAAUCCGAGCACGAGACUCUUUGGUAAAAACAGGGGCACCCAACGACAAUUUUCGGAAAAAUAUCUGUUGGGAAGACGAUUUGAGAUCUAGAAUUUUCGGAACAUUUGUUGUAAAUUUCUUGCUUCCCUGCCUCUCCUAGGAUUUUCGACCAUCUAAAAAAUGGUAGAAUUGCCUAUUUUUAACGGAUUUUUACCCUAAAAAGGUCACCUAGAAUUUUCGGAAGCCAUUUUUCUGGCUGAAAUUUUCGUAAAAUUAAUUUUUGAUCCCUAUAAUUUUCGGAUCACUAGACUUUCAGCUAAGAAAACAAACAAUAUAAAACUGAAAGUAAAAUUAGCCGGUACCGGAACUUAAAUUAAAUUUCAAAAUAUUUAUAGCAUAACCAUGGAGACCGUUAGUGAGCUACACAGCCGUUUUUAGUGUCGUCACGCAACGCUCCUCCCCACUAAGUGGGGAGGAGCGUUGCGUGACAACACUAAAAACGGCUUUGUAGCAGACUAGGAGACGUUACACCCGCAUUAUAUUCAGUUUUUCCAAUAAUACUUUCUAGACAUUUUUAGAAAAAAAUAAUAGCAUUAUGACAGCUCAUGAUCUAGCCUGCGAGCCGCAGACGUAUUUCCGGCCGUCGCUACAUAGGUAUAUAUGUCGCUGUGAAGGGUAUGGUUUUCAAGCAGUUUACUCCAGGAUAGGGUAUAUAAAUCAGAGCGUUUGAGUCUAGAAUAGGGUAUCACAUCAGUUGGUUGAAGAUUUUAUCUAGACUAGGAGUUUACUCUAGUAUAGGGUAGCAAAAUUCAGCUGAACUAGCUCUGGUAUAGGUUAAGGGUUCCAGGGUCCCAGCGGCACAUCCCCACCCAGAAAUUCCUUAAGUACCCCCUCCCCCGGGCUUCUCUUUCUUCCCUCUCGGCGGGUGAAACUAGAGCCAAAAACCGGAUGCUCUCGCAAUAGCCUGAGUAUCAGGCCUUCCUAAGGGGCUAGCGGAGAGGAGAUUACAAAUACAAACAACAAAGAUCGGUUGAAGUGUGGACUGUCUCAUUUUAUUCCUUCACUGUUUCAAGGGUUGUAUUCGGUGUCCAGUUCCUGAAUUCGCAUUUAACACAGCCUUUUUUUUCCAAGGCGGAUGCAAACGAAGACAUUGAUCAUUGAAAGUGUAGUCAGGAUAUUCCUAAUCAAUUUACCCACAGGUAGCGCAAGCUCGAAAUAUGAGCAUCGGCAAGCAUCGGCAUCAGGGGGUUGUGUAACAGUCGAUAUAUAAGGAUUUGUGUGGGGAGAAAACCUAUCGUUUCUGUAACCUACGAAAAUGAAAGGAUUUCAAUAACAAAGUGUGUGCAUGUAUGCAAUCGUUGAAGUUGCCUGAUGAGUGUGGUCCUACAAUUUCGGACCUUACGAAACAGCAUUGUCCGCCGCAAAAAACGAUCAAUGAUUAUUACAGAAGCCUGAACUCCUGUGAUGAUUAAUAGUCAAUGCUCUGAAUGCUCUUCAAUUAAAUGAACUGAGCGCUCUACAAAAUACGUUCUACCCAGAAUACAAGUAUGUGUGCAUUUAUUUAUGUAUGGAAAGUAUGUAUGUAUGUGUGUAUGUCUGCCUAUGUAUGUAUGUAACGGUGUUCUCUCUCUACACCCUUUUUUUUUAUAAGAAUAUAUUUUAUAAGAAUAUCGAGGCUGAAAUUUGCGAAAUAUUAACAAUAUUUUAAGAAUAAAGCCAAGGCUAAGAUUUUGAAAAGGAUAGAUAUAAUUUUGUGUGUUGAAUCAUCUGUAAAUACAAUACAAUUUUAUGUUUUUAACUUAACCGUAUAAAAUUAUUCCUUUCUCUGAACGGCGAAACUAGCCAACAAAACGAAAAAACCUGCACUAGCUAUAGCAAAAUGUUCAACGCUAAUGACAGUUCGAUGAACGGUACAUGUAAUAUAUAUACAAGUAACGCGGCCCGACGGAUCCACCGAAGCAAAACGGCCAUAAAUUCGCUCUGGGACAGCGGCUCUGAUCGGCUCCAAAUUCCGCCUAGGUAACACACGAUAGUUCUGCUUUCCCGCAGGAUUUGUUUUUUCUUUAAACAUAUUUUCGUUUUUUCACAGACUUAAAGUAUACCGGUAGACUAAUUGCAGGUUCAUUAUCAGCUUUUCAUUUCUAAAAUAAUUAAUCCACAAGUUAGCCAUAGGCACCCUUUGACUUCUAUUUUGUAGUAAACGUACUCCCUCUGCGCUAGUACAAAGAAAUCAAAUGUACUGUUCUUUUAAGAUCGCUCAAACUUUCACUUUUGUGUUGGCUGCCCUACGCAGCCUAAUGACGAUGAUGAUCUAAUGAUAAGGAUGGCGGUAACGAUGAUGAUGAUCACUAUGAAUGUGGAUGCGGAUGGUCAUUGGUUUUAAUUGGUUUACGUUGGCAUGUGCUUAGACUGAAGCGAACAUUUACACCGUCUUAUGUUAGUUUUUAAAAAAUUAGAGGAAGAAAAUUAAUAAGUGUGAUAUCCUUCACUGAAGAAACGUUCACGGUUGGAAAAUAUUUUAGCCAUCUUUAGAGCCAAUUAUGAAACGUUUACAUGAAUAUUUUAAUUUGUACUCAACAUAUAUACUCUAAUCAUAAAUACUCAUAUUUACUCUAUACAUUAAGGCAAAUUUUCUGUACUUAAAUUUCAACUUUCAAUUCCAGUGCUUUGGUGAAACAUGCGCCGAAGUAUUUCAGACGUCAAAGAAUGGGUGACGACAUUUCAGGAAAUUUGGAAGUUAGGUCAGGAGAUCAUUCGCACAGCCUCUUCGAGGAAGAAUUAUGCCUCAAGGAUCCCAACGCGUAUUGCAUAUUUUGCACGAGAGGAAGAAGCAGAAAUGAGGGAGAAGCUGAAGAUUCUUUGCAAAGGAAGAAAUUCCAACAGCGUUGUAAAGACUCUAUUACUACAUGGACCAUCCGGAUACGGAAAACAUUAUUCAGCUGCAAAAGUAAUGGACACAAUUUGCACAUCGCGAAUAACAAAUUCCUUCGUGUCACGAGCUCACCAAGGUAAAACAAAAUUUUUCCUACAAAAACCGGCGAUACGGUGGACUUUAAAUGCGACAAACACAAGAACCCUAUUUGAGAGUUACUCCAGUCUGGCGAAAGAAAUUGGAUUGAUCGACGAAGCCAAAGCUGCCUAUUGGGAGCUCCUACUUCACAGUAGGACAUCUGAAGGAAGGCAAUAUCAAAUGUACCUACACGAUCGUUGUGAAAAAGACGCUUAUGACGAAGCUUUGGAACAAAUUUACGAAAGAGUUAUGAGGGCACUGGGACAAAACGAUUCGUGGGUGAUUUUGAUCGAAGGAUCCUCCGAAAAGGUGGCUUCUCUUAGAAGGUUUUGGCCUCAACCUGGUGACAGCGGGUUCGGAAAUGGUCUAGUCAUAAUGACAACUGGUGAUAAUAACAACUCAAAACUUCUGUUUGGAGAUGAAGAUGACUCUGUACUGCAGAAAGUGUACAUUGGAAAAAUGACAAACCACGAUGCAAUUCAGUUUCUUCAAAGCAAAACGGACAUGAAAGCAACUGGAAUUGACACAAAGUAUGCUAAAGACAUAGCUGUCGACAUGCUGAAGUGCAAUCCCCAAGACAUAGCAAAGUGAGCCAGUAAAGGAUAAUCAAAAUUAUUUACGUUUUAAGCAACACUAGGACCUUAAGUAGAGAACUUCAUAUACAUUGUACCCACCCUUGAAGAGUCUGCCAUGUAAUAGCUACUCUGGAGGAAAAAAAUUGAUAACCCUGGAUGACCCAGCUUAGAUGUUUUAUCUUUGAUUCCUCUGUAGAAAGAUAUGAUAGUACACAUUAUUUUUUCCCUCACUCCAAAGUUAUUCUCAUCCAUUCAAUUUCCAAAGGCUGUAUAAGGCAAGGAUAGAUUCUCUAAAUUUAUCUUACUGUUUUGUUUUUCUUGACUUUAGGUUUGGAAAAUUUGUGAAAAACUACAAGGAAGAGACCAAAAGGAACCUUACUUACAAAGAUUUAGCUGGGACGGAAACAGAAACUCCUAAUGAGUGCAUGUUGCUCCUCGAAAUGACUCGUAAAAAUCAAGAAAAGGUACUUGCCAACAAUUGAAGAGAAGAGAGUAGUGUCAAUUAAAUUAAUAGUUAAUGAAUAAGGCUGAGUAUCGUAUGAAGAAUUAUGGAGAUCGAGGAGGAUAACACCCUCCUAGAUCUCCAUAAUUCUUCACAUGAUACGAAAGCCGAAUUCAAUAAUAGUUUUGUUAUUCAUUCAAAAUAAUUUCUGGUUUUAUAAAAACAUAGUCAAAACAUGCUUACCUCCAUCGAUGUUAUUUAAGUUCAUCUUUGGUAGUGCACGUUUAGGCGGGUUGUUCAGCUCCGCAAAUAUUCUCCAAUUAGCAGCUGUCGCCCUUCGAGUUGUCUUCUUGCUGUUCUUGCCAUGUUUUUAGCUAUUAUUUCGCCUUGUUCUUACUCUUGAAACCAGUGAAAUGUCCGCCAUUUUUGUUUUCACAACCAUAAUAACUCAACCUCGUCCCCAGGUCUUCUCGGCCAACUGUGCAUUAACCUUCAAGGAAGCAGCACGUUUGACGUCAUCGGUUGAUUAAUCGCAAAAUUCUUCCAAAUUGAGACUGACACGAUAUAAUAAUUACCGAUCCGCCUUGCCUUCAAUUUUAAGUGUCAUCAGUUCUCUAUUGCAGAUCCUGAUCUACACAAAGAUCAGGCUUUCCCGCUUGUCCAUGUGUUAGUGGUCCGGGCAAGAAUUGUUCGCCGCAGGAGCCGAUCGCCGAUAUAACAAUCCGAACAGCAUUCAGCGGCAAUAGAGACUAUCUAGAUCUUAAUUUUUCAAUUUUCACCGCCGGAAUGCAUGCUGACGGUAAAAGUCCUGCAACGGGCGUCUGUUGCCGUCUUUGAAUCCUCUCAUGUACCUAAACAGAUUCGCGGGCAGAAAGCUAUUUAGCGGAUACUGUCGACGCCCCCCAGCUGUGUAUGAAAAUAAGGCUUUGAUUGAGUUGAGGAUCCCGAUCCGGGAUUUCCCUCAUUUAAAGCUCGGGAUUCGGGAUUUUAAAGCAAAAUCGUGAGAGACUCGGGAUUGAAAGUGUGCGCGCGAGUUAGAAUGCCCAAAAUAACCCACGGGAUUACGGGAUUGCACGAAAUUUUGGGUUGGGAUUACGGGAUUGAAAAACCCUAUUGGGGACCCUCUGAGUUUUGUGACUUGAAGUUUCCUGAUAAACGGUCUCAGCAUCAUGUUAUCAAGCAUAAGAGCAAAAAAUCAAACGGUUUAGAAUAACCCUGUGAGUUUCUGCUAAGUGGUAAUGUUCAUCAGUCCCCAUAACUAAUUCCCUCAAACAUUUCGACCCAUGAACGUGAUGAAGUCGAAAACGGUCGGUAAACCAGAUCUCGUUCGUCUUUACCGGUGCAUUUUGAAUCGUUUCAUUGCGGUAGGGGAAGAAAAAAAUGAAUGGUGAAGCCUACGAGCAAGCCCACUUGUGCGAAUGCGGGGAAAAUAUUGGAGACGGAACCUCCAUCGCGCGUUUCCUCGCGGUUAAAGAAUCACUAGGCAUGUUGGAUUGGAUAGGAAAGGCACCUUGCAUAGGACUUUUGAGUCCUGUUCAUUUCGUCCCCUCUGGGUUGGGCUGUGCUCAGAAAAUUAAAGCUGGUAACGAAGUUAAAACGUGGUAAAACAAAAUGCUGGGUCUUUGAGGAUGUCACAACAUUUGACCUGGAGCCCGAUGUUGAUAGGGUUGUUGAUAGGGGUGUCAGAUGGUUCCUUCCUCGACUCUCAACAAAAGUUGAAAAACUAACUUAACAUUCAGAUCCUUUGACUAAACCUUGACAGGUGCCAAAAUAAGAUCCACUUUUCCAUCCAAACUAUGAAAACAAAGAUUUUCACUAGCUUCAUUUUGUUCACGACGAGUUUUAGAAUCUAUUUUGACCGCGGUAGUAAAAUGGAGUCAGCGUUUCCAAAUCGGCUCCAGAGUAGCUCGAAAAGUCGUUUGAAAUGUGACGAAAAUUUGGAGUAGUAAAUCUUACAUUUCGGUUUGGACAAACAAACGAAAUACGAGUAUAGAAGCGGCUAACUCAAUAUACUUGUAUUUAAUGACAGUCACAAAAACAAAACUUGUUUUUCUAUCUUUUGGCAGAUUUUGAAAUUUUUGGCUUGCUGUUCGGUUGAAUCCGGCUAUUUGCCUUUACACUGUCUAGAGAGCUGUUUUAAAGAGGCCACAGAGACUGUAAAACAAAGCAACUUUGUGGAUGUUCUUGAACGCGACGGAGUAAAAGUAGUGACGAUGCAUGAGAGGGAUCAUAAGACACUGAGGGACUUACUGACCGGUCGAAAACUAUCAACAUGCGGUAAGAAAGGAAAAGGGGGUACUAUUUUGGGAGAAGUUUGUUAAGUUAUUGUAGCAAAUUUGAAAAUAAAUUCAUUUAAGGUCCUUUCCAAUUUUAAUGUAUAUAGAAAUAUUAUUGUCUUUCAACUAUAGUCCCCUCAUAUUUAGCAUUUAGCACUCUUUUAGUAGCCUAUGCAAGGGAGCACCAACUGUCGCAAGGUUUUCAAUUUUCUUCCUGCUCUUCUCCAACAGCUCGGUUGAGCUUGAAUGGUCUUUUGAGUUUGCCAUCCAGCUUUCACGGAUAUUUCUAGAAUAAUUUGAGACCUGAAAACACCUAAAACGAGGGAGUACCUAGGAUUUCCUCUUUUUUUCCGGCGCAGUCGAUUUCGUUGGAAUCUGUGUCUGCGAAUGGAUGCAGGUGAGCAUUCUCAUGUCCUUCGAUCCGUGCAUCAGAUUAGUGAUUAGCUGCUUGUGAUUCCGAGCCUGCUGAGGAUUUUUGUCCUGGUCCUGUAUUUUCCUUGUAGUCUUAUACAUAUUUCCUGAUCGCCAGGUAUGAUGUAUAUUUGAGGGGCUGACAGGGACCGCGGAGACCAUUUUAAGCUGGCCAAUAUAAAGAAACAUUCAGGCUAGGUCGGUGUUUCGCCAUUUAUCUUGCAUUUGCGCGCCACCUCAACAAAUAUAAGAAAAACGUCCACACGUGUUGUACUAUCCAAUAUAGCCAAUAUGUUACAUAAAACUCCUGAGGUUGCUACUUUUUGAAGUUGCCCGAAGUGCCGAAGCUUCUCUUGCGAUUCUUAAUGCGGAAAACAAACUCCUGUGUAGUUGUUAUAGAGACACUGUUCUAGGCUUGUGACCAUUCGGCACUGCUAGAUCACCCAUCCUGGGUAGAAGCCACGUCUUUAGAUGCCGUGCAGAUGAGAAUGAACGCUCGCCAGCAGUGCUGGUUGCAGGAUUUGCUGGAGGCAGCUUACAGAUAGUUUGGGCUUCCUGAAUUAGCUUCUCUUCUGGUUUUGGAAACUUUGACACCGCCUUCAGGAUUUUGUCAAAACAUGCUAUCUUCUCCUAUAACAUAACUUCCAAAAUACUUAGUUGAAUGCCCGGGUAGCGCGCCUGUAUCAACAUCUUCUCCGUAUGAUGCUUCAAGAAACUUGAACUCUGCCUUAUAGUCGUCAUCACCAUUAACAGCUUUAACCAAGAAGGUGUCCAUCUGGGCGUAGGAGCUGAAGCUUUCCUGAUAGAUAGGACUGACGAUAACAUCAAUAGCCUCAUAAUAGACCCUUCUAAAGUGAUCUUUGGCAGUUUGGGGGUAGCUUGGUGUGCCAGCACCAACCUCUAAUCUGGCCGAAGUGCAUCGCUUUCUUGGAAGCGUUGGUUUACCAAGCAGGCCUUCGCUCUUGCGGGAAAUAUUAGCAUAGAAAUGGUCAAAGCUCUGAUCACUGGGCAUUUUUGUGAGCGUCUCCUUUGUUAGACUUGCCACCUGAAGAUCCUUAGAUAGAUUAUCGGUGUGGGAAUGAAGCUGCCCUUCAAAAUGCAAACCAAAGAAAAAGUCAAAUUGCUCCAUUUAGGUCUUACAUCCUAUUAUCCUUGCACGCACAUCGGGUUGUAAUCGUUCGGACGAGCAAACAUCCCACUCUUUCAUAUUAAAGAACUGCAUAGUUCUCAAGAAUUAGUCGAAAACAACUGGCUCUCACCGUCCACCUUUAAGGGAAAAGUACAAUAAUUCCACGAAAACUUUUUCCAUGUCAACUGGAGCCCCAGAAAAUAAAUCCCAGCAAAAAAGUGGUAGGGCUAUAGCCCUACCAGCCCCUCCCCCUCCGCGGUCCCUGGCUGAAUGAUGGUCAAUGGUCGAUUACCGAAGAACUAAUUUACCUGAUUGUCAUGUUCCCUCUCGUCCCUUAUUGAGCAUAACUAUUAUGUAAUUUUCUUACUCGCUGACUUCUUGAGCAUUUAACUUUCCUAUUUGACACAAAAAUUAACAAAAAAAAAGACAAAAACAACAAUCUUUUUUUCUACACCCGUUGUGAUUUUAUGUUGUGUUUCAAAAUUUCAGGGGAAAACUGGUCUGGCUUUUUUUGGCAGCUCGUGAACCAAUGGAUUCCAAAUGGAGACAAGACAAUCAAGAUUAUCCCACCGACAUUGACACCAAGUGAUGUCCUUCAGGCAAUCAAAUGCCUAAGCAGCAAUUUUAAAGAUGUCCUGCAACAGAGCAGAGAUCAGGACUUCAUUAUGUUACCCAAAAUAUUACCACAUUUAAAAGAGGCAGUGGAGGUAACUAACAGACUCAUCAUUUACUCUUAAUAAAUCUUUCUAAGACCUUCCAAAGAUUGCCACAAUUACUUCCGAAUAAAUUAUUGUCUUAAAACUAAGGCAUGGAGGGUAGAAACGAGUAGAAACUGCCCUGGUGGAAACUUCUAACAAUUCAAGAGGCGUAACCCAAGGAAAUGUUAUUUUAGUCUUGUAGGGUGGAACCCUGUUAGUACGGUCACCAGUGGGUCAAAAAAAUUUGGCCAUAUUGACGGGGUGGCCGUAUUACCGGGGCAGGGUCAAAUUUCAUGAAUUAAGGGCUGUUAUGACAAAUACAGGUAGGACUUUUCCACGGGUGGCGUUUGACAGGUGACGGGUGGCGGGUGGCGGGUGACCGGAAUAUAUAUAUAAAAAACCUCAAGAAAGGAUAUGUCCAAUUUGUAAAGAAGAAAUAUCAUGAAAAUGGUAAAGCUACAUAAAAUUACCGGAAACGCUAAUGGGAGUUAGCGGAAGCCCACCAAUAUACUUGUUUUACUGUCUUAAUCUACUAGCUGAGUUUGACUAAUAAGCUGUACUCAUCAACUCUGAAAAAUUGGACUCCUGAAGACCACACGGAUUAAAGAAAAAACGAGAAAUCCGAGACUCCGAGACACGUCGGCAAAAAAAUUGAGACUCCAAGACGGAAAAAUCACUCGAAAACGAGACUUCGAGACCCAUCAAUAACGCUUCCGAGAUUUGGAGAUGGGACAAAAUUUUCCGAUAGCCACAUUUUUCGAGGAACCAUUUUUUUCCCCUAGAAAAGAAACGUUCUAUUCAAUUACUUGAAAAACGAGUAUCUAAUAUAUAACAGGCAAGAAUCAUUUCCAGUUUAUCAAAUGAAAUGUUCAUGUUUCUCAUAAAUUGUCUACUUCAGGCUACGCAUACUUACGCGGACUACUUUUCCCAAGACUUUAUUUUCGCAAAUAUGGAAAGUAUAAAACUGAGAAAUCAUGCCAAACGGUGUAGCCUGCGAAAACAAACGUCUUUCCUAGCUCCGUGCCGCAAGGCACGUUUCGCCAGGCUAGACACGGUCAAAUCGAAAUGGGAAAGAAAGACAUAUGGCAUUUGUCUGGUGAUAGACUGUUCACAGUCCCCGAGUUUUUCUUGAAGUCGUCGAGAUAUAGCGCGUCUUACCGUUAAUGGCGGCCAUCUUGAUAUUCAAAUGUACCGAGGGAGCGGGCGUCGGAGAUUAUAGCUUUAGGGGCAGGGGAGUUAGGGUUAGGGUUAGAUGCAAGAUGGCAGCCCGUAACGCAAAGCGCUCGAUCUUGACGAUCUUACGGAAAAAUAGAGGACUGUGAACGGCCUAGUCUGGUAACCUUAUCCAGAACUCGAAGUGAAUUCCCAGGAACAGGCUUCCAUGCCUUGUUAAAUAAGCGGGCGUGUGUUAAGAAAGACGUCAGACUUCUUAGUUAGGUAUGAGCUUCUGCAAAGUAAUUGCGAGAAAGACUACAUGGCAAGUCUAUUAUGGGGGGAGGGGUAUGGGGUAAGCUUCCCGGAGAGCAUCAUGUAAAGCGCUGAGAUAAGACAAAGUUAUUACGAUUCGCAGAGUCUGCAUCGUCUAAUAUCGUAUUAUAUUCUCGUUUCAUUUGGCUAAACGGAUCAAUCACCCUGAUCCCGGCUGAGACAGAAACGUACGAUAUUGUUCGCUUUUCUAAGGUGACGACUAAGUCUAAGUCAAAUGAAUUAGGUGAGAGCAAAAGUGCAGGUGAACUUUGACCCAGGCCAAGACGUCGUUUUUUUCUGGUGUGAAAACAAGGCCAGGGUGAUCCGCCGACCGUGUGACUCUACAUUCGGGAACUUGAAUAAGACGAAUGUAAGAGAAAAGUCCAGAGGUGUUUAUCUGGCAAUAGGCUGAGUUUUUCCUAGUUAUUCGAUGAUAUUUCGCUUAUGUUAAACGUGAGAAGAUUAUGCAUGGUUGUGAAUAGUCUUAUCAGUGCCGCGAAAGUGUGUGAUUGUGUGAUUUCCGCAUGGUGUUGACAGGUAUGUGAUCGCGUGGUUGAACUGAGCUUUCGCCAAAACAUUCUGUGCCAGCCAUUAAUAUUGUUUCGUCGGUGUUUAGCUUAGCUGAUUGUACCUUGGAAAAGCAGCUCUCGACUCAGGAAAAUUAGAUCUAGGUCUAGUUUCAGCAGGCUCUAAUGGCAUUGCACCAUAGGCCGGUUUUUGCAGACAAGAAGGUGAUAAUUUGUGCACACAUUCCGGGGCACACAUGUUUCAUUCAGUUUGUUGUCUAUUUCAUGCGGAAUCCUGUUGUUUAUCGGACCGCGAAAAAAGUAGUGUUUUGCUAACUAUUUAAGUUGUUAUGUAAGCCUUAACUAGGCACUCUUUCGCUGCAGUUCACUCAACUUAAAAAUUUCUGGGCUGAAAUGACACCGGUUUGAAACUUCACGAAGUCAGUUUACUGAAUAAAUGUUCUAAAAUUUGCGUCAUUUUAAAUUUGGACUCCGAGGGACCAUUAAUUAACUUACUGCCCGGCGUCAGUUAAAGGCUUUUAAUUGGCCUUUGAAUGAGUUUUGUUGUUUUAAGUUGCCAAGUAGUAGAAUGAGUUGAUAUUUUUGCUGACCCGGUUUUCAAAAAUCCAGGUAUAUAUAUAUCUGUCUGGAUUUCAUACAAGGUGCCUGUACUGAGUCUCUAGACGGUCAAGUCCAAGGAGCCAUUACUCACCCUCCCCACCCAUGAAGCUUAUGACAAGUCAAUCACUUCCCCCAAUCUCUGCUAGCUGUGUUAUGAUUAUGAGUCACCCCAUUGAUUUGGCUGGCCUAGCCCACUUUGCACUGCUUUCUGACAUAAAACUCUAGUCAAAGUGACAAAAUCUCCCCUCCCUACACCCCUGGUUUUCACACAAAACAAGGAAGCCACCCACCCACGGAUAGGUCUGGGCCUGGGCUCAGCUGACACCUAGCAGGACGGCAAGACCCCUGGUCUUUUUGCUGCUACACUGGCUUGAACACGGGCGAUGCCCGUGUUCAGGCGAAAACUUAGCAGGCACCUUUUAGCAAAAUCACACAGAUUACAUAUACAUAUGAAUGUGGUCCUUGGUCCGGCCAGCCCUAGGUCCGGCCGGUUUAACUUUGUGAUAUAAUUUUCGGGGAAAAAAAUAAGACUACAAUACAAACGAGUUUUUCGCAGUGUUUAUUGAUUUCUUUACCUUGUCAAGCUCGAUUCGAGGUUUUCCUGAUGCUAGUGAAGCGCUGGAAAAUCGAGUUAACGCGAACGUAGGUGAAGUUUGUUCUGUUAUUUGUGUCUUUUUAUGUCGCCUUAAUUAAAUUACUUGGGUAUGUUUUGAUUUCACGCAUGUGCGAUUAAUGUAUCGGUCAAAUCGAAGCUUCAACAUGCCCCCCCCCCCCCGGGCAACCCCCCGGGCGUUUGACUUUUUUGAAAAUUAUUGUUCAAAUUCCCCCCUACCCGGGCCAAAAUGCCGUUCAAAUGCCCCACACAAGGGUCCGUUCAGGUGAUCAAAUGCCCCCACCCCGGGGACAUUUCACAGGCACUAGGCUUUUGUACAUUAUGCUUUUGCUUCCCCACUAAAAUGCUCCACCUUCAUGCUCCAUUUUUCCCACUAAAAUGCUCGGUCUCCCCAAAAAAGUCACUAAAAUGCUCGGAUAAUGCUCAUUAUACAAACGGUUUUUUUAAUUAAUUUCAAAGUUUACACUUACAAAAACGUGAAAGUGUUGCAAGUAACAACGACAAUGUGCACAAGUUCAUAAAUACAGCCAAAAAAACAGCUGUAUUAGGUUUUUUGUGAAUUUUGAGUUUUAGUCUUCAUUUUCUUUAAAAACGCAGGUGCUCGUGGGGCAUGGGCUCCUGAAAAAAGUUAAUUUCUAUUUUAUUUUCUCGGAAAAAUUAAUUUUCCGGGGAAAAUGCCACUAAAAUGCUCGAAUAAUGCUCAAUGCUUUUGCCUCACUAAAAUGCUCGAAAAAAUGCUAGCAUAAUGUACAAAAGCCUAACAGGCACAUAAUGACAGAAGGACGGCCGAAACGCCUUCAGUUGUCGAACAAAAUCUUUAUAAAUACAGCAAAUAAUUCGCAUUAAAUAUAACAAAAACUGAGAAACACUGUUAGUGUAUUUACUACAAACAAACUUCUCGUGCAAAGCGACGGAAAUCGCUGCUACAAGGUCACUGAAUGCUCAGCUUUUCUUCAUGUGUCAUGCAACAAAAAAACGUUCUAUAAAAAAAAUCCCACCUACUACAUCAUGACCAUUUCACUGACAUGAAUCAUCGCUCGCCUUAAACAUGCGGCAGGUCGAAGUAAUAUUGACCUCUGUUGAGCUUUUUAUUGUUGCAUUGAAUCGCUGGUAAUAGGUCAUUGUAAACACAACUUUUAUACAUUCAUGUAUUCAAAACCAAGCUUGUUUAAACCCUUUCCUCGUAUUCAAUUGGCCACAAAGGCACAAUAUUUUCCACGAAAAUCCCCCAACACCGCGUCCCCCAUGAUAGCCCGCCACGGAAGAGAUUUCACAUGAAAUCGUGGGUGCAGUUCAAAUUCCCCAGCCCAACGCAUAGAGAUCAAAUUCCCCACCCCCUGGAAGACUCUGAUAAUCAAAUUCCCUCCUCCCCGGGACGGCAAAGGUGUCAAAUGCCCGGGGUUUGCCCGGGGGGGCAUGUUGAAGCUUCGAUUUGACCGAUACAUUAUUUUCUAUGAUCCAGGAUUUUUGGAAAAGCUCAAAAGCUGUCGGUUUGUCAUAAUUUAGUUAAAUGUUACGGCAACCAACAGGACAAAUUUCAGCUCACUACGUCUCUUCUAAGAUAAGAAAUACUUAUUUACGUCUUUUUCGUCCGGACCAAGGACCACAUACUGUAUAUAUGUAUAUUCGUGUCACCCGUAAGUACGACCGUUUUACCCGGCCGAAAAAACAUGGCCGUAAUAAUAUAGUGACCAGGGGCGUAGCCAGAAUUUUAUAUAUGGUUUAUACCGCUGCUCUCCCUCGUGUAUCAGCGGGCUCAGUCGUAUUAUCGCGGCAUGAAGGCCCAUAUUAACUAAAGACAAGAGCCGUUGACGAAAAUACUUUACGAAAAAACAAAUUGUAAAAAUUUAAAGUGGGCUUUUCAACAAUGGCUUUUACGGCCAAGAUAUUAUCAUGGCGUUUUCGCCACCUGAAUAUUGUAGGUUGUUUGCUCAAAAGAAGGCCUACCAAGGGGAGGUCACGGGCACCCCAGGACCCCUCCUUGCUACGUCCCUGGUGACCGUACAGUGGAACCGCGCCUUACGACCACCCCGUUUAUAAGACCACCUCGUUAUUACGGCCAUGUUCUUUCAAAGCAAACAUAAAAAACAUUGACUCAUUUUAUUAUUUUGAAGACCCCGUUAAUGCGACCACCUCGUUAUUACGACCAGGAUUUUAUGGCCCAACGGUGGUCGCAUUAACGGGGUUCCACUGUAUUACCAAGGUGGCCGUAUGGCGGGGUUCUAUAGUAGCUCAAGCUGAAUUUAAGAAGUUAUGCAUUUCUUUAGUUAUAGUCUACGAUUCUUUAUUUUACAACUUAAUUAAACAGCUGAGCCAUAAACUGAUACCAGAAAGUGAACUCGAGAAAAAUCAACUGGUCUUGGCUGAUGGACACGCAUGCCUAGGACAAAUGUUGCUCUUUGUUGGUAAAUCUGAGGAAGCGAUAUUAAAUCUGCAGUUUGCCUUACGUGGUUUCGAAGAUUACAGCAGCCCGAAGAGUAUGCUACUUGACAAAGCAAAUGUGCUUCACUUUCUUGGAGAGGCGUACAGAAGCAGGUAUAGUAGGUUUUGUUAAAUUACUGUGAUUUUUAGGCCUAAAAAUUCAACUUCAACUUUAUUUCAUAAGACUAUUGGUUACAAUAGACUGGCCCGCAAAAUAGCAAUUGCUAAUCUGGGCGGACCAGUUAAAAGAAAAAUAAAUUGAAAGGAAAAGAAAGGAAAGGAAAGGAAGGAAAACUACAAUUUUAAGUUACAAUAAAUAAUAUUCUAUCACAGUUUUAUUUUAAUUACAUUAAAUCUGAACAAGCAAACAAACAAAUACUUUAAUACAGAAACCACUGAACUAUUAAUCGAACUUUUUCAACUAUUAAGGGCGUCUCAAUAUAGUCAUCUUCUCUUUUUAAGAUAUCCGAAAGCAAUCUGUGAAGUACUUUCCUAAAUUUCUUUUUAAGAAGAUCUCUAAUAUGACAAGGCAUCUCAUUCCAAAGUUUUACACCAAAGCGAGACAAGGAGUUUUUGUGUAUUUCCAGCUUUGAGCUUUUGACGUGAAAGUUACCUGAACUAGAUGAUCUUGUAUAGUAUGAAUGAAUUGUUGAGGUUUUUUUCAAAUAAAUUGAGCAGAUUUGUUGGCGAAUUGUUGUUGUUAAUAUCGUGCAUUAGAUUAGCCACAGUUUUAUAAUACAUAAAUGACACUGGUAAUAUGUCAGCGUCGAUAAAUAGAGGAAUUACGUGUUCACGUAUAUCCGUAAAAUACAUCAUGCGAAGCACUUUCUUCUGGAGAAUUAAAAUUUUAUUGAGGGACGUCUUGGAUGCCUGACCCCAGGCAGCAAGACCAUAGUUUAGGUGAGGGUGGAUUAAUGUUUGGUAAAUAUAUAACAGUAUAUGACGGGGUAUGGAGUGCCGAAGUUUUGAAAUUAGUCCAAUGGUUUUACUGAUUUUCGCCGUAAUGGCGUCAAUGUGAUAUUUCCAAGUAAGACUUUUAUCAACGAACACACCAAGGUAUUUAAUAUAAUUUUUGCACUCUAGAGUUACAUUUCCAUUUUUUUCGUUAUCGAACAUGUAGAGGCUCGGUUGGUAAGUGACUUUUUUUUGAUCAGGAUGAAAGAUUACAAAGUUAGUUUUUGUAGUAUUGAGAGUUAACUUGUUGGAUGUUAACCAUUCGUGGAGGUUUUGUAAUUCGAUAUUUACUAUAUUUUCUAGGGACUUUAAGUUUUUAUCGGCAUAAAGGAUAUUAGUAUCAUCUGCGAAGAGAUAAAACUUAAGUUUAUUCGAGCAUUGAUGUAUGUUAUUAACAUACAAUAAAAAAAGCAACGGGCCGAGCACAGAUCCUUGGGGAAUGCCAUAACUUACGUUGGCUUUGUUUGAAAUGUAUGGUCCGAUUUGGGUAGAUUGCAUCCGAUUAUUCAAAUACGAGGAGAACCAAUCAUUAAUAAUUCCACGAAAACCAUAGUGAUUAAGUUUGUCAAGCAAAAUGUUAUGAUCGACAGUAUCAAAAGCUUUCUUGAGGUCUAUGAAGACUCCGCACGUCACCGGACACAUACAAUUUGUUUUUAACCAUAAUGGAUGCUUUUAAUCCAGUGGUAAUCCAAGGCUUAGAAAGCUGUUUGGCUUUACGAUUUGAUAACUUUGUAAUAGGAGCAUGUUUGUUUACAAUCUUAUUAAAUUUCUUAUAAAAAGUUGAAAAUAAUUUGUCUGGAUCAGUUGCAUGAUUUACGAGCAUACAUUCCCAGUCAACCUCAGAGAGUUCCCUAUUGAAUUGGUCUGCGGAAAAAUUAGAAAAAUCGCGUAUCUUGGUAGUGUACCCUCUAUAUUUAUCUCUUGCUGCUUUGAUUAUGCAAAAUUGAGAGAAGUGAUCGCUAAUGUCGGAGAUGAUGUUACCGCUGAGAAGUAUUUGGUCAGGGUUGGUUAAAAACAUAUUAUCAAUUAACGUAGCUGAGUUCCUAUGGACUCGAGUGGGCUUAUCAACUGUUGGAAUGAGAUAGCAACUUUGUAAGGACAUUAAGAAGUCAUGGCUAAUUUGAGAUGUUUCGCAUUUCAAUAGAUCUAUGUUGAAAUCGCCCAUGAUAAAUACAUUUUUAUUAAGAGAUGUCAAUUUUUCGAUGGUUUCUUCGAAGUAAGACAUAAACUGAUCCGGAGAAUUGUGUUGGCGAUGUAUUAUACCACAGACAAUGUUUUUGUUAUUUGCAAAAGAUAUUUCAAUCCAAAGGGCUUGAAAAGCUUCAUUAGAGAUCUUUUCUAAAACUGUGUAAUUUAGUGAUUCGUGAAUGAAAAGGCCGACACCUCCAGAUGCUAGAGGUGUUGGGACAAAGCCCGGGGGGGGGCACCUGGGUAUUUUUUGGGUGGGUAUGUGCCGCCCGGGACUCCAAAUUGGCACCCCGUUCUAGAAAAAUUUUCCCCUAAAAUUGAUACCCCGUUGUAGAAAUGGGCCAAUUUUUUUAUACCCCGUUCUAGAAUUCGCCCUAAAACUGAUACCCCGUUCUAGAAAUGGGCCAAUUUUUUAUACUCCGUUCUAGGGUGCAACAAGAGUACAACGGUUUGCUUGUUAACGCAUUGAACGGUAUUUUUAAAAGCAAUCUGUCCUUGAACACUUUCAAAUGGCUGCUUACAAAAGUGGAGCUUUCGUGCGUUCGAAAUAUUAUACCCCGUUCUAGAAAACGCCUCUGAAAUGGAUACCCCGUUGUAAAUCAAAAGCUUCAAAAUCACGACCCCUUUGGGCGGCACAUACCCGUAUAGGUAAUGUAUGGGAGUACCCACCCCCGGGGGACAAAGUCGAAAACAUAUCCCGGUAUGCAAGAAAAAGACCCGUUCUCAUUUGAAUUUGUAAUUUUGGUCUCUGUGACACCAAUUAAGUUAAAUUGAAAGUCGAGUUCAUCCAGUAGUAAUGUUAAAUUUUCCAAAUUUUGGUUAAUGCUUACAACAUUAUUGUGAAAAACUGAAAAACUGGACUGAACCUCACUGUUAGAUUGUCUGUGAUCGUUAUUGUUAUUAUUUAAUUGACCGUCAGGAUUAGUAAACAGAUCUAGAUCAAAUAAGCUGGAUAAUUUAUCUAGAUGUCUCCUACACUGGGAAGUAGUGGACACCGAAUUAUUAAAUUGGUCAUGAAAGAGGGCUAAAUUGCCCCUAAAAGUAAAGUAAGGCAGCUCUUUGAGUGUUGAUCUUUGAGCUUUUUCUUGGACCUUAUUUCCUACGGCGUAACUUCAUUUUAAGCUAAUUUAAGCGAUAGAGCGAAGAAGGUUUUCAGAAUUACCCCGCUUAAUGCAACUCUAAUAUCUCAAAGUACUUAGCUUAUCGUGACUCCCUCAGUUCAUUUAAUUCGUCUAGGCUUGUUAGCUUUAUGACUGUUGAUGUUUCCGUUUUGCGCAGACAGACAGCUCCGUUUUUCGCCCAACAGAAGUUGAAAUUAUUGGCGUUCUUGUAUUUCUUGCUCUCGAAGAGAAGCUCUUGUAGUCGAGGAGUUAGAUGAUCACACAAGUUAAUAUGACUGAUUUCAAAAUCGUCAGGGAAGCCUAACUGUGACGCCUCGAGGUUCUCCAAUCUCCUUAAAAAAAUAUAAAUAAAUAAAAAUUAAAAUAUAUAAAUUCAAUUUAAUUCUCAUGUUAGUUUGAACUUGUUCUUUAAAGCAAUCUUGGGGACCCUUCAAGAGGGGAGCGGUAUCUCAAAAGAGCACUGAAAGGAAAAGAACAGUAUUACAAGGGAAAAGCUGACCAUCAAGUUGCUUUCACCUUAAGAAGUCUUGCAAAUGUCUUGAACGAAAUGGGGAAGCACAACGAGGCUAUGUGAGUGUCAUAAUUGUUUGUGUCGUAUUAUUCACCUAUUGAGAGUUCGAUUUCGAGUCCAACCUCAAAAUAGAAGUUGAUUUUCAUUGAUGAACUGCAAAAAUUAACAUUUUUGCUACAAAAAUGAACUUGAUAAAAGCAUAAAAUUUCUCUUGUAGUGACUUCGCAAAGAGAGCUGUUGAUAUCCAUUUUCAAGGCGGCUACAAGUUCAGGCAAGAAUAUGGCUACAGCCUGAGUACACUGGGAUCGUCGUAUCGUUACCUGGGUCAGUAUGUUCAGGCGGAAAGAUUCCUAAAAGAAGCUCUCAAGAUUUUCAGAUCGGUUGAUGCGCCAAGCAAGCUAAGGGUAACAGUUUUUACAUUGUUUCGCUCAUUUCUUUAACAUCCACGGGCACAUUCAGAUCAAUGACAGACCGUUAAAAUGUUACUGUAGCCAGACAUUGAUUAUCACUACAGGAGAUAGAAGAGUGAAAUUAUAUAAUUUCACUCUUCUAAUCCUGAUAUUUUUCAACUUUUUCAAAUUCCUUUUCAUGUCAUCCGUACUAUUCGGCAAGUUAUAAUGAGAAUUAUUCAUAUUAUUAUAAACUAUUAUCUUUAUCAUCAUUAUUGUUAUUAUUAUUAUUAUUAUUAUUAUUAUUAUUAUUAUUGUUAUUACUAUUACUUCAGGCCUACCAGUAAAGCUUUUAAUAUCAUAGGUGACAAAUUACUCCUUAAUUUUGGCGCGAAAUUUCAUCGUUAAUUUGUAAUUUCACAUGUGAAAUUACUAAAUUGCCAUGGCAACCUGCCGUACGUCUCCGUUUCAAGAUGGCGACAAGUUUUAAAAUGUCAUGAAUGAAGAUGUCAGGGCAUAAAAAGACGCUUUAGAAAACCUGAACACACGAAAGAGCACACCAAGAAGGAUUCUUAGAGGUAUGUAGUCGAAAAAUUCUGAAAACUUAAGCCAAAUUUCAGCUCUAAACGUUUGAGAGAGUGGAGUUCACGAUCGAUCGAUACGAUCCAGGAUAAACAAGUCAAAAUCCUUGAUUGCUAAGGUAAUUCGUCACCCAUGAUAUUAAUAGGUAAUCAAAUGGUAUACUCGUGAAAUUAGGGAAUAAUUUCACUUGCGUUUUGAUUUGGACAAAACGCGCGUGAAAUUAUUCCCUAAUUUCACUCGUCAUCAUUUGAUUACACAUACUAAUUAUUUGGGCGUGGCCCAAAUAGAGUAAUGGAAACGGCUUGUUUUGACGCAAAUGUGUAAUAGGCACGCAAUACGUGCUAAUGUAAACAAGGCAAGUAAACAAGCGAAGCGAGGCGAAUGUCUGCCGUGCGAACGUCUUGUACAAGGUAAGAGGCAUGUGGGAAAGAAAGCUCUGCUUGCACACGGCACUUAAUCGCACUUUUACGAUCUCAAAAGUUAAUCUGACUCUUCAGUAUUUUUGCCUCAUCGAAAUUUGGAAGUCUGAAGUCCAGGGAUGAAGUCUAUCAAAAAUAUUUGGAAUAUUAACGUCGGGUUUUGGUCACAAUAAGAUCACAAGCAACGAACCUUGAAACACAGAAACACGAAAAACGGAUCGAAAUCCACCAAUCACAAAUCAUAAACAAUGACCUUUUGAACCCGUUGAAGAAAACUUUCGUUUCCUAAGAGGUCCGCUAAGAUGAUUGACGUCUGACAUUUUUUGACGAGAGGAUCGAAAUGCACCAAUCAUAGAAAAACACUUUUAAUUGCAUGUUUCCUAAGAGGUCAUCUGAAUUUGCUGUUUUCUUUAUUUUAUGUCCAUUUUUUGUAAUUGGUCGAUUUUGUUAGGUCGAGUGGAUAAUCCAAUGAGGGACGAUUUGGAUAUCGUUUGAUCCGAGAUUUUUCGAAGCAACAGUGAGAAUCAGUUUGGAUAACAUUUGGCCGCGGCGUUUCGAGGAACGUGUUAAUAUAUUGUUCAAUCAUGUUAUCCCGGGUUAAACUUACAAAUGCACACACUGUUCGCGGUAAGCCCACACUAAAAAAUAACACUCAGUGUUUUCGGAAUGGGCUGGUCCGCGAACUCAAAGAAAAACAGAGGAAAUUAUCAAGACAUUCAAUGACAUCAAAGACUCAUGAACCCCAUAGACGUAAUAACAAAUCGGAAUAUCAGGAGUGUACGUGUAAAAUGGAUAAGAGUUUGAAUAGAGGAAAGUUGAACAAGUUUGAGAGUCGCAAGAUUUGUGUAGCUGGUUAGCAGUGUGACAAUAGUGAUUUUGAUUUUUGCAUUGCGGAACACAGCGAGUUGCCUGUGAUAAAAAUCUGUUCCAAUGAAGGAAGAGACGAUUGUCAACAAUUGAAACCAAAAGGGACUUAGGCUUCUUUUGGAACUACUGUGAUAACUGCAACAAUUCUUUUUAUUAUUUCAAUUUUGUUUAGCAGGGUGACGGUUAAUGUACUUGUUUUUGUAUUGCGUGUUGUGUUUUUUCAUACGAUGCUGUGCGUCGGGAUUUUGUGUUAGUGUUUUGAUGGCAGCAAGGUGACGACAAGAGAAGGUAAUGAGCUAGUUGUACAGAAGGAAAAUUGUGUUGUGAAGGAAUUAAAAGAAGAUGAUUUGAGAUGUCGCCGUGGGAAAUUUAUUUAUAACAGAACUUACAAUUUCAUUGGUUUAAACCAGGUUAGUCCAUUAUAUUUUCGGCAUGACAAAUUACCAUAAAAUCGUUGUUUUCAAAAUUUGCAUAAAUCGGCCCGCUGCAAAGAAAUAUUUAGGUUACAAGCGCUUCAAAAUACUGUACCUUCAGAGCGGCAUAGCUUUUACUUGUUGUGCUAUAUCUUUCAAAACUAUCGAUCGAUUCUAGCUCAAAACUCUCAAAGCAGCGGUUUAAAUGUUAAAUCCCGUGGCUGGUUGAAAUCGUCUCUUGUUUGUUUUCAAACGUUUUUAGGAUGGAUCGAAUCGACUUUGGAUCGAUUAUCAUUUUAUCACCUUGUGGUAUGACCGAAACGUUUUUUUUCUCGAUAAAGUUCACUCAACAAAUUUAGAAAGAUUUACUUGACUUUUCACAUGUGGAACGAACUGACUUUUUUGUGGAACGAACUGACUACUUUAUGGAACGAUCUGACUAUUGAUUGGAACGAUCUGACUUGGAACGAUGUCAACGAUCUUACCAUGGAACAAAAUGACCGGUUACCGUCAUGCCCCUAGCAGACUACCAAUGAACAAAUUAAAAUCUUUGUUACAGAAAACACGGAAAGUGAAACUUUUUGCAUGGAAGAGUAUUCGGAAAAAUACACCAUUGUCGUCCGAAACUCAUUGUUACGUUAAAAGUAGAAAAGGUUUACACUUAAACAGGUACAGAAGUAACAGUAACAGUGUGAAGUUUUUACUUCGGCUCGUGAUUUACAAGCUUUUCUCGUGUUCUCCCAACAUCCCGCGUGGGUUAUCACGCCGGUAAACCCAUAGAAAGUGUGGUCUAUUGCUUUAUAAAAUGACUUUUAGUAGAGUGGAGUCUUUUAGGGAAAAAAUAUGCUUUUAGUACCGUGAUCAAGUCAUGUCUUCUCUCUAAAGUCAUCAGAAGCCAAUCAUGACUCACGAAUUAAUAGCGCUGAACUUUCUCAAAACUCAAUUCAGUCAAACAACAAACAACAGCACUUCAAAACACGAGUUUUUGCGCUCAUUACGAUAACUUAUGAAAGCUGUUUUACAGGAAAAGUCAACACAUAUUCAUGCGAACGUACAAUGAAAGAAUACGUUCAUGGUUUGCUUACUACAGAGGUAGAAAUUAAUUGAUCAUUAGACUGUACGCAGCUGUAUUUUGUUGAGUCGAUCGGUAAAAACGGAACUGGCAGCUAUUAUAUUGUAAUGGAGGACUUCAUCCCGGGGGGGGGUACUGCCAUAUAUGGGGUAUAUAGGUAGGUGCCGCUGUGAAGGGUAUGGUUUUCAAGCAGUUUACUCUAGGAUAGGGUAUAUAAAUCAGAGCGCUUGGGUCUAGAAUAGGGUGUCAUUUUUCAGGAAACUGAUCAGUUGGUUGAAGAUUUUAUCUAGACUAGGUAAACAGCUACUCUAGGAUAGGGGGAUUUGGGGAGUUUACUCCAGUAUAGGGUAGCAAAAUUCAGCUGAACUAGCUCUAGUAUAGGUUAAGGGUUCCAGGGUCCCAGCGGCACAUCCCCACCCAGAAAUUCCUAAAGUACCCCCCCCCCCCGGGGACUUCAUUCACUUUUUCCAAGCCUCAUUGGUUUAAGAUCUGUUUUCUGGACUUUAUUAUGAUCAAGAAAUGCUGCGGUAACGACGUGGCCGCAUUUGCAAAGUUGUCGCAUGUAACUUUAUAUGCACGUACAGCGACCGAUGGAAAUAUGUCAGUGGUGAAGAAAGCUUUCUUUGCCGUAGCCAAAUUAGCGCUAAUAUUUGUCGAUUUGUGAAGUCAGGUGGUUUGAGGUAGGUUAUGCCAUCGAUAUCACUGAAUAAUUUGUGCAAAUGUUGGAAAAAACCAGCCCGAAACUCUGACAUCUUUCAUCAUCGUUGGCAGCUUGUUUACAACCUACAGCAGCCGAUUUUGUACCAUAUCUUGAUCAGAGAUCUCUUUUUGUAACAAUUUCUUUCAUUAAGGAAUUUAAUUUUGACAUAAAAUAAAUCAAGAAUGCUAAAACUAUCCGUUUUGUUGCUGGUUGGCACAUGGUUAAGUUUUCCUAGAGACUUUCUACACCAGAAAUUCACACAGUUGUUGUCUUUCUCUGCGAUUUGGCAUCGUCGUGAAAUGUAAACUGCUUUCCAGCUUUGUACUUUAUAACUUCUAAAGCUAUGGCAGUCGCGAAUUGUGACCCUCAGUAAUAAAAUGUGGAAACCAACGCUUUUAAUAUUAAGAAGGGCUACGGUAAGUAACUUGUUCUGUUUUUUAGCCUUUCUAAAAUCGUUGUUUGCAGAUCAAUAGCGGAUUUUCUUUAUGGCUCGUGGUCCGAAUGCCUGUUUCUAUGGGUUUACCGGUAUAAUAAACCAUAGGUUUUUGACCAAUCAGAUCACGCUUACUAUCUCAGUUAUUUUAUAAAACAGUCAUAGUCAAGGGACAUGUGUAUUGUUGGAAAUACCAUCCAUGCAUAAAUUAGUACAAUAUUUUUAGACUCUACAUAGGAAUGAGGAUAUAUAUGAACUUAAAGGUGUACAUAUUGCCACCUUUGAACCUCAUCUUUUCUCAAGCAAUGUUGAAAAUUGUAGUAUAUCAAAUGUUAAUAGUUACCAAUGUUCCUGUUAACAGUGCUGCCUUAGAGCAGUUUAUGCAAUAUGAUACUUUCUUAUUAAUUCUUGUGGAUACUGGACUUAAGGAACUUUAUUUGCCCUUGUUAGUAAUCGGAAUACACUGUACAAAGUUAUGGGUGUGAAAACACAUCUGUCAGUAUCAGUGGAGCUGAGAUAAACCUUACUCUCCGGGCUGUAACCAGUUAUGUCCUAUGCUGCAAUUUGGCUCCAAGCAUGUCUGCAUUGAAGAUGUGCAUAUUUUCAAACAUUGUCGUGAAAUGACACUAUUUUUGUUGUGGAUUGGGACAUACUGUAUAAGCUGUGCGGUUCAGCAAACAAGUGCAGUGAAGGAUUUGUCUUCUCUGGUAAGAUAUGAUGACAGUUCUUUAGCUGCAAUAAGGCAUGUUCAAAGUAUCAUACCCGUAGUACGACCACGCCCAAAUAUACGCUCACACAGCGUCUUGUUUUAUGUUGUAGUGGCCCAUAGACCUUCUACUCGGUUGGUAAUUUUACUGAGGCUUUCUUAAAGAUCGUAAGAAAUCUUGUUCGAUCUCUUGAUGGUGAAUCAAAAUAAAUUAUUAUUUAAGGCAACCUCAGAGAUGUUUGGUUUCAACCGUUUUUCAUCCUCUUCAUAUUUUACUUGAAAUGCUAGAAUUACAAUACUAGGGUUGUUGUAUGCUCAGAUAUAUUAACCCAAAGGUAUUAUUUACAGAUGGGUGAAACUCUUAGUCGUUUAUCUUCAGUUCAAAGAAACUUGGAGAAACUUGACGAGAGUAUCGAGUCGUUGAUGAAAGCAAAAGAAAUGUUUGGAAACAAUGAUAUUUACAGCGCUAUUAUACUGUCAAAGCUGAGUGUCGUUUACCGCCAUAAAGGAGAUUCCAAAAGGAGUUUGGAUUAUGCAGAGAAGGCUGCUGAAAUCACAGAUAAACACCAUGGCUUGAAAAGUCACCCUGGUAAGUGCUCGCCUGUUCUGAUUUAUACUUAACCCACCCAACCAUCUUCAUAGGCGAUUCGAGACUGACGAGAGAAGAGGAGUGAACAACGGUAAACAAACUUACGCUAACUUUCGUCGUCUCGACGUCCUUUGCGCAUAGUAAGAAAGAGGUCUGGGUAAGAACCACAUACCUGCCAGUUCUGAUUGAUAUUUAUCUUAUGUCUUUGUGAUGAUUAGCGGAUGAUAUUCUCGUACGCAUGCGUGCAUAUUUGAACUAGAUCCCUUGAUAAUCUGUCAUGCUGAAGAACCAUAGAUUGUUUAUUAAACUUUGUCAAUCUUGCUCUGUUUUGGUCUCUAGUGAAGAUUUUUACAGUCUUCACUGUAUGGAACUUACGACGUUUAACUAGAAUGGCUUGGAAUCGAAGGCUAAGGCCGGGUAAACGAUUUGUCGGCCCUAUCUGGGACAGGUUAGGCACUUCUCGAGCAGAACAAGUUGCUCGAUUUUAGACCGAUUGUUAUCGUCUUCCUUUGGAUGGCAAGAUCGGCCAGAUCAAUCGUAUCCUGAAUAUCGCCCUUGGCUUUACAAAGGCUGGAUAUUGCCCAAUGCAAAAAAACAUGUCUCUGAAUUGUUGCUAAGAUCUCGCCAUUCGAUUACCCCUGAAAUAAGGCAUUAGCCCAGGUGAACGCAAACUUUCUAUUUUGUCUGACCUUCUCCUCCUGCGGUUUUUAAUUAGAGAGCUUGCUGGUAAGCUUAUACGGCGUGUAAGAUGAUUCCACUGCUUUAUCUCCUGUUUCUUGUGAAAAGUUAUAGCCACCGCCCUGUUGAACCUUGGCAACGCACAGAGCGAUACGGGGAGUGUGGAGAAUGCCGAAAGAAAUCUAAUCAGAGCAUUGGAGAUUUACAAAGAAAUUCAUGGGGAAAAUCAUGGAAUUAUUGCCGCCACCCUAAACUACCUAGGAUAUACCUAUCUGCAAAAAGGGCAGGUGUGGAAAGCAAAAGAAACUUUGGAAAAUGCGGUAAAGAUAAUGGACAACUAUUCUCCUUCACAUCAAGGUAAUUUGCCUAUGUUGAGAAUAAUGUAAAAAGCGUAGUGUCAUGAGCGUACAUUUCUUAAGGCUACUGUUCACACUAUCUGACAGCUUUUGCGGGGGCAUGAAAGCCUUCCUGGAUAGGGCUUCUGUUAACGGUGAUUUCCGCGCGAUUUCUGUAACGGGGCGAAAACUGCGCCGCGCCAAUCUCCAAAGUGGAGAGUCACAUAUCGGGUAGGUGUUCAAAGUAUACCGGAUAGCAGUAAGGAUACACAGUGCAUAACUAAUAAUCUUUAUAAAGAAGAAAGCUAAUUCGCGUUGUUUCACACUUCGUUGCAAUUUUUCCAUCUCGUUGUAUUCAGCAAUAAGGUUAGCCAAUUUUUCUGGAGUUAAAUCCUCAACAACUGUAUCUAUAGUAAUUUCACAGAAAAAAAUAUUAAAAAUUCGUUUUCUUGUGUUAACGUCCUCCAUAAAAAGUGAAAUUAUAGGAAGUGUCUUGUCAUAGCCGUGCAACGACGUGAACAAAAAAACAUGACGCACGUGCAAAGUUGUUGUUUUGCUACUGCUGUCUGGCCGUUUUCGUUACCGUUGCAGUCCUUGUUGCUUAAAGGUCUGUAAUAUAUGUCUUAGAUAGGUGUCCCUUCAAAGAGAGUUUUCUAAAAUGACAAAUGAGGAACGGUAGGGAUCAAUUGUAUAGGUGCUAAUUUUAGGGUGGUAAAGAGAGUUUAGAAAUAUGUCGUUUUUUUUUCGGCAGAAAAGGCAAAUACACUGAAAAGGCUCAGCAAAACUUGUUUAAUCCUUGGCGAAGCCGUCAAAAGUGCUGAUUUAGCAAACCGUGCUCUAGAGAUCUAUAACGAAACGCAUGGAAAUAUGCCACACAGGGAAGUAUGUGCUAACCAUUUAUACAAUAAUGUACAUGUCUUCAAAAGAAUUCGACAACCAUUGUACAUUGUACAUUGUCUAUCCUCUUGCCGGCCAUAGAAAUGACGUCAGAAUGUUCAAAGCUUUGUGCACCCCUUGUGGUCCCAAGUUUUCAACAUUUUGACGUAAUUUCUAUGGUCGUUAAGAAUACAAACCAUAGGAAAUACUUGUCGAUUUGUUAAACUAUGCGGGCGUAUUACUAGGGCCGGGAGGGGGUGGGGGGUUGGAGUCAAGGUGCUCGGCACUUCAGUUUACACUUUCAAGACCCAGAAAGCACACUGCGCGUUAGCCCUGGUAAAAGGGAAUUAAGGAAUCACGCGAAGCAAAGAAAAAUAUAUUUUAACUUGGUGGGAAUCGAACCGACGACCCUCCAGAUCUUCUGCUGGCUGAACGACUACGUCAGAGGCAGAGAGUGGAGGGUAAUCAAGGUCGUGAAUCUUAUCCCGAAAUCCGGUUGAUCUAAUUCAGAGGUUGUGGGUUUGAUUUCCACCGAGUUUCAAAGAUUUUGUCUUUCCCUCUCGUGCUCCCUUAUUCCCUCUCCGAUGGUCAACGCUCUGUUAGAUUUUUGGGUCAUCCCUCACACUUCAAUUUACACAUAAGAGGCGAAGUUCGUCAUUUCAUCCUCUUUGUCAUCAGGUACAUUUGUUAGGUUGUUUAAUCAGGUAUUAUUCGAAAAACGUCUGCGAAGUGCAGAAAUUCAGGGAGCUUUUUUCAUAUUUUGCACCUCAGACUGGGGAGGAAAAAAGAGGGAAAAUACAUAUACGCAAUAGCCAUUAGGCUCUUGAUAUGCGUUAUUGAUCAUUACCAAGCGUGAGGUCAAGAUUGCUGGAUGUCCUUUUUUUUGCGUUUUUCUUCUUUCUGACCGAGACGAGGACGAGAUCAAUAAACUUACCCUUUUCUCUUACUUCGUACCACUAAUUUUCAUAUUUCCCACGAACGAUCCAUGACUGGAAUAAACUGCCUGAUUCUGUGGUAUUGGCACCAAGCACUGAGUAGCGGGUACAAUUUGGUUGUAAGCCCUUAAGUGUCAUUUAUAGGCCACGAUACCACUUUGCCGAGUGUUAGAUAACUAUGGAACCUAUGUCCAGGUUUUAUUUGAGGUCAAACAGUUACAUCUUUUAAAACUUUAUUCACUCUUUAGACCUUUAUUACAUUGUGGGCUAUUGGGCUAAAAUAUAUCACAUCGAGAACGGUUAUAACAUUUAGGGACACCAACAUUCUCUGUCUCAUCCUGGUUUUAUUACCUUUGUUAGUGAGGAGCAACUAUUUACUAUUUUUCCUUAUAAUUACAGGUUAGGAAAUGCGCGUUGAGGAUUGCUUACGCGUGCUCAAAGCUUGGACUUUUUAACAAGACGAAAGAAUAUAUCAAAGAAGUUGAACUUGGCUUUUCCCAGAAAAAUAUGGCCCAUCCAGAGUACGCUGUAUUUCUUCGAACAAAAACUGAAAUUACAUUGGACCAUCUUCAAUUUAGUUGGCCCAAGGAUAAAGAAGGCGUGCGAAAAAUGAUGUCAGAAGCAGAAACUGAUCUCAAUAGAGCAGACGUAAUCAUUCAACAGUCUCUUGGUUGCGAUCACCAACAGUAUGCAUUCUUGAAGGGAGAAAAAGCUCGUCUGUGCAUUCUGAUGGGCCAUUACGAGAAAGCCCUUCAAGAGAUUGACUAUGCUCUUACUAUUGCUAAGAGAUACCAAAGGCGUGACUUCGAGGCUGGCUUUUUACUUAUUCGAGCAGAUGCUGAGGGCAAGCUUCAGCUGUCUCGUGCACAAGAGAAAUCCUUGGAAAGAGCAGAAAAAUUGUAUGAAGAAGCCUUUGACGAUAGUCAUCCAAUGGUUGCCACCACACUACAAAAACGAUGCCAGAAAAAUAUUGAUCAAAAAAAUCUUUCUCUGGCAGAAGAAGACCUCGCAGCAAGCGAUAAAAUCUGUGAAAUACAUAAAACUACCUUACGAGGGCAACUAGACAGUAGUUGCUCUGGUUUUCUAGCAAACUACAGUUUGGAUCAUCACCCUGUUUUAAAGCGUCAACAGCAGCUAAAUAGGAGAAUAAAGCGUAGUCCUGCUGGAGCGUGGCUUCAAUGAUCGAAGACUUCUGUUGUUCUCAUUAUUAUAAAACGUCACCGAUGCGAAGACACCCACCUUCACAGGACUGUCUCGUUUUUAGUCAGCGCCCGAAUGCCGCUCAUUGCUAAUUUGCUCCAUUUCCUCACCUGCUCUGGCUUGACUUUAAUAACUGAGACGCUUUUCGUUAUUAGAAAACAGGACUUUUAGCAUUGUUCUUGUAAGUUUGAGUAGACACCUUUUUGGCAUCUAGUGCCGAGAUAAAUAUACUUUAAAAACUUAACACUUAACUGAAGACAGC